AUGGCCCUGACCCCAGAGUGCGGGGGCCCGCCCGGGCUGCUCCAGGCCGCGAUCCACUCCCACACCCUGGAGAGGGGAGCUGCGCUGGGAGACCGAGCUGCAGCGGGGGUGGGGCACGGGCGGGCCCCUGGGCAUCGCUUCCUGGGAGCCCACCGUGUCCCAGGACGCUCCGGGACCGCGCUGCAGGCCCGGCCCGCGCUGCCCACUCCCACCCGGCCAAAGCCCGGCUCUUACCUCUGGGGCCGCCACCCUCCCGAGGCACUGCGCAACACCGCUCGCUGCCCGCCCGCCCGCGCGGCCGCGCUUCCCACGCCCGGCGUCCUUCGUGGCGCCACCCAGCGGCCGCGUCCAGCACCGCACGCUCGAGUCCGGGAAAAUUCUGCCGCAGCCUCGCCGAAGGAUUUGGAAAUUCCCAGAAUUUGCCACUGUUUCCUCCUCCUGAAAUAUCUCCAGCAGACCCCAAGCCCACAUUUCUGCCUGAAGAAAUUCCACUUGUGCUUUCAGGCCAGUACAAAAGCCUCUUCGAGUGCCAUCUGUGACCUCUGUUUUCUGGGACUAGUUAUUGAGCUCUCUGUGAGAGCCUCUGCUACCUGGCCAACCCUUUUAGAUAUCCUGAGCAACCAGCUUGAAGUGGAGGUUUUAAAGAUGCAGCCAACACUCCAAAGCAAGAGAAAGCUUGUCUUAUCUUCCCAAAGAGAGAGCCUCUGCUCCAUUGCCAGAUAUCCUCAACUCAUCACCACCAUCAAAAUCAUACCCACCUUCACAGACCUACCCAGAUCUCCCCAGCUGGAAGGAGCCCGCCCACUCUGGAUGCACUGUACUUCAUGUUGACUUCUGGGAUAUCAUUUCUUAUUUUAUUCCUUGUAUUUAUUUUGUUUUUAUUUGUUUGAAUAUACUUAUAGUAUUCUUUGCAAUGUUUUAAAAUCUGUGGGUACAAAUAAAUGCAUAUCUUCUUCAUCUCAACCUCUGUUGGCUGAGCAUCUCACAUGGUUCCUUGUUACUCUUUGAGUUUCUGUUUAUUUUUCUAAAAGAAUAGUACCUACUUUGUUGAAGUUCUGUGAGUAUUAAGUAAAAUACUCUAUUUUAACAUU